AUGGCCCAAUCCCUCCACUUUGUUACCCUCGAUGUGUUCACCACGUCCCCCUUCGCUGGCAACCCCUUGGCUUUAGUUUUCCUCUCCGACAACAUUCCUAUCACUCAAACCCAAAAACAAGCCAUUGCCCGUGAGUUUAACUUCAGCGAAACCAUCUUCGUCCAUCCCUCAAGCUGGCCACAACAACCUCGCACCAUAGACAUCUUUACGACGUUGGCAGAGAUUCCAUUUGCCGGCCACCCAACCAUCGGCGCAACAUCAUGGCUGCUCCUACACUCCAAACUAGGUAACAGGGAUGAAGUGCCACCAUCAGCAAUUGCCACAAAGGCUGGAGAAAUCCCAAUCUCCAUAUCCGCACAGGACCCUAAGAUAGUUUCCGCGCUGAUUCCGCAUAACGUGCACAUCCACUCAAGAAGGUUCUCUUUGGAGGAUUUGCUCAAGCUGCACCCAUCUGUGGAGCCGUAUCUAGACCCUAGCAAGCAUGCCGACGGAUUUCCCAUCGUCUCAGUUGUCAAGGGUAUGACAGCUGCCCAUGUCCGGUUGCCUAGCUUGGAAGCACUGGCUGCAGCAACGACCGCGAGUGGGGCGUAUAGCUUUCCGGCGAUAAGCACAGAGGCGGCAGGCUAUUUUGACCCCGGCUGGGACACAGGAAUACCCCUUCAUGUGUAUUUCUAUGUGAAAGAUGUAUGGGACGAGGUGCGGAAGACAAAUGUUAUUCGCAGUCGAAUGUUUUUCGACGCCUCUGAGGAUCCGGCGACCGGAAGCGCUGCGAGUGGGCUUGUUUCCUACUUAGCACUGACAGGGAUUGGGGAUGGGAACGGAAGUGGAAGCGAGCACGAGAUGCUCUUCCAUGUUGUUCAGGGGGUGGAAAUGGGGAGGAGGAGUGAUAUUGGACUGAAGGUUGUGUUGAAGGAGGGGGGCAGGGAGAUCGAUAAAAUCCAAUUGAGUGGUAGCGCCGUAAAGGUGUCUGAGGGAGAUAUCGUCGUCGGAGCGGAAUAA